GGGAGAAGGGGGGAGCGAGAAAGAGAGAGAGAGAGUGAGUGUUUUGGAGAGUUUUGGAAGGAGUGUGAAGCUCUCAUAAACUGAAAUGGAUUGCAGUGGAAGUCUCUGGAACACAUGUGUCCCAUAUGUUAACAAGAAGAAGCAAUGAAAAACAGGGCGCGUGUGUGUGUCUGUGUGUGUGCGUGCGCCUGUGUGCGUGUGUGUGUGAAUGCUUGAGGGUUUGUCUCUGAUCAGAGUUUCCCGAUUCUGUCCAGAGAGUAUCUCCUGUCUCCUGACGUUGGAAUCUGAAAACUGCAGAGGAUAACUCGAUCGUGCUCUUUCUCGCUCUGAAGUUUACCUUCAGACAGUUGGAAGGACUGAAACAGGGAGCUCCCCAGAUUUCACAGACCGUCUUUUUAAACCUGUUAUGGAAUAAUUCUUUUUUAGAGAGGGUUCAGCAGGUGCUCUACCAGAACAGUUGCCUUUUAGGAAACGGAUCAGAAUCCACCUGUCUAUUUGCUUUCUAGCCAUUUUUUAUCUGUAUAAGAAGUAUCUUGGAUUACAAUACAGUCUACAAAAAAGGAAAGGAAAAGAAUAAAAUAAUUAUUAUUUGUAUAAUAAAAAAUAAUAUAUACAUAUUUUAAAAAAAGAAAUUAAAGCAAACUGCACAAAUGUGCAUGAAAGUGAAGGACCGUUAGCAGAAGGAGGACCACUGCUGCAUUUCUGACUCUGGCUCUGUUUUUGCAAGGUUUUUUGUUUUUAUUUUUGAGGCUUUUGGGGGUGAAUCUGUUGGGGAUACUCGGGCUGCUUCUCCGGGUCUCCCCGACUUCAGCACAAUGUCCUCCGGGCCAGUAGAGGGCGCCCACCUUUUGCUGAAGUUGUGCACCACGCUGGUGGUGCUAAUGACAGCAGGUGCUGGACACAGCCAGGAUGCCAGGUCCUCCUGCUACGGGGGAUUUGACCUCUACUUCGUCCUGGACAAGUCUGGCAGUGUUCAGAACCACUGGGAUGAAAUAUAUUACUUUGUCAACCAUUUGGCACAUAGAUUCAUAAGCCCACAGCUGCGCAUGUCCUUCAUCGUGUUCUCCACCCAGGGCCGGAUCCUGAUGAAGCUGACUGAGGACAGGGAACAGAUUCGCAUGGGGCUGCAUGAACUCCAGACGGUGCAACCGGGAGGAGACACAUUCAUGGAUAAGGGUCUCCAGAAGGCCAGUGAGCAGAUAUACUAUGGGAACACAGAUGGGUACCGCACAGCAAGCGUCAUCAUUGCUCUGACAGAUGGAGAGCUUCGCGUGGAUCAGUUCGACCUGGCAGAGAGAGAGGCCAGCCGGGCCCGCCAGCUGGGAGCUAUUGUUUACUGUGUGGGAGUGAAGGACUUCAAUGAAACGCAGCUGGCGACAAUUGCAGACAGCAAAGAUCAUGUCUUCCCUGUGAACGAUGGCUUUGAGGCCCUACAAGGGAUCAUUGGUUCGAUCCUGAAGAGGUCCUGCAUUGAGAUCCUAGCUGUGGAACCUUCCUCCAUCUGUGCAAGAGAGACCUUCCAGGUGGUCGUCAGGGGAAAUGGUUUCCUCCACGCUCGCAACGCCGACCUGGUCCUCUGCAGCUUCCGCAUAAACGACUCCCUGACUUUAAUGGAGAGGCCGUUGGUGGUGAAGGACACCUACCUGCUUUGUCCUGCUCCAGUCAUGCAGGAAGUAGGAACGUCUGCCACUCUACAUGUCAGUAUGAACAAUGGCCUGAGCUUCAUAUCCAGCUCAGUCACCAUCACCACAGUUGGCUGUUCUGACGGGAUGAUCCUGGCCAUAGCCCUGCUGGUCCUUCUGCUUCUGUUGGUCCUGGCUGUGCUUUGGUGGUUUUGGCCUCUGUGCUGUACUGUGAUCAUCCACGAGCCUCCUCUUCCUGAGAUAGAAGACAGUUCGGAUGAGGAUGAGGAUGGAAUCCCCAAAAAGAAAUGGCCCACAGUGGAUGCCUCCUACUAUGGGGGGCGCGGUGUAGGCGGGAUUAAGAGGAUGGAGGUGCGUUGGGGGGACAAGGGCUCCACUGAUGAGGGGUCCAAACUGGAGAAGGCAAGGAACGCUCGGGUGAAGUUGCCGGAACAGGAGUACGAGAUGCCCCCGGUCCGCACCCUCAACAAUGGCAUGCGCAAGCCACUGCGCCCCAGGAAGUGGUACUCCCCCAUCAAGGGUAAGCUGGAUGCCCUGUGGGUUUUGGUGAGGAAAGGUUAUGACCGUGUGUCGGUGAUGAGGCCGCACCCUGGAGCCAAGGGCCGCUGCAUUAACUUCACCCGAGGAAAAUCUAGCCCACCCUCCCGAUACCCAUUCUACAACCACCACCCCUCCGUUUCCCCAAUCUACAGCCCCCCCUCCCACCACUACCCCCCAGCCUCACCGACCUCCACAUUGCCCCCCCUGCCCAAAACUCCACCUCCUUCCUCCAUCACCCCUCUCCCUCACAUGCUCCCACCAACCCGUGCCCUGCCUCCAACCUCCCUGGACGUCCCCCCGCCCCUGGCCCCACCCUCUCCACUGCCACCAACGCCCCCUUCAUCACCUGCGCAUGUGCCCCCACCACCUCAGGCCCCCCCUUCUCCACUGCCGCCAACACCCCUUUCAUCAGCAGCCCAUGUGCCCCCACCACCUCAGGCCCUCCCGACCUGCAGGGCCCCACCCCCUGACCGGCCUCCGCCUCGCCCAUCCUCGUAAGGAAGGCCUUUUUGUCUGGGGGGGGGACACCUGUUCCUUUCACCACGGGAUAGGAAACAAACCCUGCAGCUGAACAUCACCCCUUCUUCCUUUCCUGCAUUACACUCUAAAACUAAAGACAGUUAUUUUCCAUUUUACAUUUUUGACUUUUAAAAUUUUUUUUUUCCAUUGGGUACAAAAUCGCCCAUAGAGGCUUGAUGGCUUUUCUCAACACUCCCUUCUCUGCACUCAGGUCAAACUGCAGGAUGUCACAGAUCCGGUCCUCUCUCAGAACCUCACGCUUAAUAAUCAUUACCAAGCACUCUUAAGAGCAACUUUCUAUAGAUGAGCAGCAGCAUCAGCCUUGGUUACAGACUAAAGACAGAAAGGGAAUGGAGAACUGAAGGGUGGGCGGUGAGGGUGAGGCCUGGGACCCUUUGGAAGGGUACAUGUCCGUGGAGCAGUGCCACAGCAUGGUCACACAGUAAGAAUGGGCAGGGCACAGACAGGGUGCCAUAAAGUUGAGCAGCAGAAAACCGAACAACCCAUGCCGGAAUACGGAAGGCCCAGACUCUGAGAGCAAACAGGGCAAGCAGCUGACCCCCUCCUCCUUACUACACUGAGCGUGAUGGUGUUCUUCUGUAAAGAUCAACCUCGGCUGUGCGGCUGUGAGUAGGGGCGCCACCAGGGAUUUUUGGUCACAUGAAAAGAUUUCAGUGGGUCCCACCAUCCCAGGCUACCCCAUCCAUGCACAAUUACAGCAUGAUUUUUUAAGACCCCCUGUCAGUCAGGGCCCUUGGAAUUAUCCUACCCUGCUUGCGAGGCCAUCUGAGACGUGCAGAACUGUCAGCAGUCUGCUGGGAUCCAGCAGAGACUGGAACAGUGCUCCUGAGAAGGUGGAGGAGAGGCUGGAACAGUGCUCCGGGGAACGUGGAGGAGAGACUGUAACAGUGCUCCUCAGAAGGUGGAGGAGACACUGGAACAGCGCUCCGGGGAAGGUGGAGGAGAGACUGGAACAGUGCUCCUGAGAAGGUGGAGGAGAGACUGGAACAGUGCUCCUGGGAAGGUGGAGGAGAGGCUGGAACAGUGCUCCUGAGAAGGUGGAGGAGAGACUGCAACAGUGCUCCUGAGAAGGUGGAGGAGAGGCUGGAACUGUGCUCCUGGGAAGGUGGAGGAGAGACUGCAACAGUGCUCCGGGGAAGGUGGAGGAGAGACUGCAACAGUGCUCCUGAGAAGGUGGAGGAGAGACUGCAACAGUGCUCCUGAGAAGGUGGAGGAGAGGCUGGAACUGUGCUUCGGGGAAGGUGGAGCAGAGACUGGAACAGUGCUCUUGGGAAGGUGGAGGAGAGACUGGAACAGUGCUCUUGGGAAGGUGGAGGAGAGGCUGGAACAGUGCUCCUGAGAAGGUGGAGGAGAGGCUGGAACAGUGCCCUGGGGAAGGUGGAGGAGAGACUGGAACAGUGCUCCUGAGAAGGUGGAGGAGAGGCUGGAACUGUGCUUCGGGGAAGGUGGAGCAGAGACUGGAACAGUGCUCUUGGGAAGGUGGAGGAGGAGGACGGAGGCGGGGUCCGUGCACAGGGUGUUCCGACACGUGGCAAAGAGCACUGUGUCAAGGCCACUUCAUCUUUGUCACUCAUCCUGCAUGUGUGUGUGUGUGGUUAAGAGAGUGAGAGGCUGUGCUUGAAUACCAAAAUAUUUUUUUUCUGCAUCCUUUCAUUGUUUGUGUAUAUAUAUCAUUUUUGAGGAUUUGAUUGUUGUGGGCUGACCAAGACGGGCUAGCUUGGCCUUGGGCAGGGAACCUUUAAUACCUAAGGCCCCAGCAGAGGAGUAAUUCAGAAUAGUUUUAAAAUGGAAUCAAUUUUUAAAUGUUUUUGUUAAACAAUAUUGAGGCCAAGAUGCUCAGAUGCACUUGGAAUUUUUGUGUGUAGUUCACAGUAUAUUUAUGAGUUCUCCAUAAUGUAGAAGGAAAUGCACGGUCAAGAGGAAGUUGUAUAUUUGCUUGCAUUAGAGUAGAUAGCAGGACCACUACAAAUUUAGCAACUCCUUGCACUUAGGCAUAAGUCCAUUUUUGUAGGGUUUGACCCUGGUGUCCAACUAAGCUCCUCCCAUUCAAUGUCUCUUUGUUCAUGUAUGACGAGAGGACUUGAUCAACUUGAAUGACCUAAUUUGUACAGCAAGACAAGACAGCUUACCAAAAUAAAGCAUGUACACACUCA